UGCUCUCUCUCUACCUGUCUGUCUCUCUCACUCUUGGAACUUUCUGUAAUUUUUUAAAUAAUAAUGCACACAGAAGCAAGCUUUCCAAAGAAAAUGGACCCCCUCCCUUUCCCAUCUAUAGGCUAAAAUGACCCAUCUUUCUCUGCUUUCUCUACUUCACUUCUCUAUCUCAUCGUCAAUGCUUGUUCUGUGUAAUUCCCCUUUUCUUACGCUUUUUCCUCUCCUUUUCUAAGAAGUAUAUCAAAAUCAGUUUUACUCAUCUCACACUGUCAAUCCCUAUCCUUUCUUUGUUUGUCCUCCCCACCCCCACCUCCUUAGCAGAAUCCCGCCUCUCUUCCUUCACUUUCUCCCUCUGUUUUUCAUUCGCUCUGUCUCGCUCUUGCUGUCUGUCUGCUUUCUCUUACUCUGUAACUCGCCCUCUUUCACUCCCACUGUCUUCCUCCGACCCUCCCUCACUCUUCAAUUGCUUUGUGCUCAGUGUUUAUAGUCAUUCACUAACUCUGCAUAGAGAAGGAGAGAGUGAGAGAGGGAGACAGAGAGAACAAGUGUAAGGACUAACUCUUGAAUACUUUAUUAAAGAUGUCCAGCUACAAGCGCGCAACGUUUGAGGAGGAGGAGGCGGCAGACAACCCAGCCGAUGGGGGCAUGUCUCCGGACAGUGUGGAGGUUGGCUUCCGGAAGGGCGGCAUCCAGCUCCUCAGUCCCCUGGGCAGGAGGACGCAGAUGGAGGUGGUGCUGGCUGGUGUGCUGCUUGCCUCUCUCCUCGCCCUGUUCGGAUGUGCCGUCACACUGGGCAUACGCUACAACAAAGACCCAGCGCGGAGCCUGUGUCUGACCGAGGCCUGUAUUACGGUGGCCAGUAAGAUCGUAGAGGCCCUGGACCGCAGCGCCGACCCCUGCCAAGACUUCUACCAGUACGCCUGCGGGGGCUGGGUCCGCAAGAACCCCCUCCCUGAUGGACGCUCUCGCUGGAGCACCUUCAACAGCAUCUGGGACCAGAACCAGGCUGUCCUUAAACACCUGCUGGAGAACGGCACGUUCAACUCCAGCAGCGACGCCGAGAAGAAGACCCAGUUCUACUACCUGUCCUGUCUCAACGAGCAGCGCAUCGAGGAGCUGGGAGCCACACCCCUCAUUGACCUCAUCGCAAAGACAGGGGGCUGGAACAUCACAGGGCCCUGGGAGAAGGACAACUUUAUGGAGGUGCUGAAGACAGUGUCGGGCCCCUACCGUGCCCAGCCCUUCUUCACCAUCGGAGUCAGCGUGGACCCCAAGAACUCCAACAGCAACGUCAUCCAGGUGGAUCAAUCGGGGCUGUUCCUCCCAUCGCGGGACUAUUACCUCAACAAGACAGCCAAUGAGAAGGUGUUGAAGGCAUAUCUGGACUACAUGGUGGAGCUGAGCCUGCUAUUGGGGGGGGAUAAGAACUCCACACAAAGCCAGAUGCAGCAGAUCCUAGACUUUGAAACGGCGCUCGCCAACAUCACCGUACCGCCGGACGAACUUCGCGAUGAGGAGAAGAUCUACCACAAGAUCACCAUCGCCGAACUGCAGCUGUUGGCUCCGGCAGUGGACUGGCUGGACUACCUGUCCUCUGCCCUGUCCCCUCUGGAACUGAACGACACAGAGCCUGUGGUGCUAUAUGCCAAAGAGUACUUGCAGCAGGUGUCUGACCUGAUCAACAAGACCGAGCGCAGCCUGCUCAACAACUACAUGAUCUGGAACCUGGUGCAGAAAGGAGCGUCCAGUCUGGACCAGCGCUUUGAGAACGCCCAGGACAAGCUGCUGGAGAGCCUGUACGGAACCAAGAAGUCCUGCACACCUCGAUGGCAGACCUGCAUUGGGAACACAGAUGACACGCUCGGCUUCGCCCUGGGAGCACUCUUUGUCAAAGCGACGUUUGAUAAACACAGCAAAGAGAUUGCAGAGGGGAUGAUCAAUGAAAUCCGUACUGCCUUCAAAGAUGCUCUUGAUCACCUCAAGUGGAUGGACAAACAAACGCGUCAGGCAGCCAAAGACAAGGCAGACGCCAUCUACGACAUGAUUGGAUUCCCUGACUUCCUCCUGGAACCAAAAGAACUGGAUGAUGUUUAUGACGGGUAUGACGUCUCGGAAGAGAACUUCUUCCAGAACGCACUCAACUUCUACAAUUUCUCCGCCAGGGUGAUGGCCGAUCAGCUCCGCAAGCCGCCCAACAGAGACCAAUGGAGUAUGACCCCUCCCACAGUCAACGCCUACUACAUGCCCACCAAGAAUGGCAUUGUCUUCCCAGCUGGAAUCCUUCAGGCACCCUUUUAUGCUCAGGAUCACCCCAAAGCACUGAACUUCGGGGGGAUCGGAGUGGUGAUGGGACACGAGCUCACUCAUGCCUUUGAUGACCAAGGCAGGGAAUACGACAAAGACGGGAACCUUCGACCGUGGUGGCAAAAUUCCUCUGUGGAAGCAUUUAAGAACCGCACGGAAUGCAUGGUGGAGCAGUACAACGGGUUUACAAUCAAUGGGGAGCAUAUAAAUGGCAAGCAGACGCUGGGAGAGAACAUUGCUGACAACGGAGGCCUAAAGGCAGCCUAUAAGGCGUACCAGGCGUGGGUGCAGGAGAACGGUGAGGAGAAGAGGCUGCCAGCGGUCAACCUGACCAAUGACCAACUAUUCUUUGUGGGAUUUGCCCAGGUGUGGUGUUCCGUGCGAACCCCGGAGAGUGCCCACGAAGGACUCAUGACGGACCCCCACAGCCCCCCAAAAUACCGCGUCAUCGGCACCCUCUCCAACUCGCCAGACUUUGCUGAGCACUUCCAAUGCCCCACUGGCUCCCCUAUGAACUCGGGUCACCGCUGCGUGGUGUGGUAGGGCCUUAGAGAACCAGUGGGGGGUGCUGUCUGUGGAAGCUGCUUGGAGAAUCAAGAAGAGGAGGAGGAAGAGAACCUCGAACUAAUCAUCUGACGUUUUUUCUCCUAGUUUUCUUUUCUUUGUACAUGAUGCUGGAUUACUAGCGGUUUGUAGGUAGAGCAGGACAGACUCAGGUGAGCGAGAGGGAGGCACGUGGAGAGAAAUGUUGUAAUCUGCUGAUGUGUGUGUAAUUCCAGUGUUAUGUUUUUUUUUCCUCUUUCUCCAACCCCCCCUCCACCGGUGAGGCACAAAGGCACGUUUUAUUUAUUAUUUGCUGGACUUGGUAGGGGGCCGGGGAGGAGGAGCCCCUAUAGACUGUCUAUCCCCUCCCCUUUCUCUAUGCUACUGUGUUGUCGCUGUACUCGCUGUGUGUCCUGUUUACAAUUUAAACCAGAGCCCUCUAUCGACUGAGGGCUCUCACUGAAACCACUGUAACAUCACAGGAUGCGUUCAGCUGCCUUUGUGACAUCGCAGGAAGCGCAGGAACUUGGCUGUGGCAUCACAGGAUGGGCUCAGCUGCCUCUAUGACCUCACAGGAAGUGCAGAAACUUCACUGUGAUUGAACAUUUGUAUAUGGCUAUAUCUCAAAUGUCAUCCCUAUUCCCUAUAUUACUUACUUGCCUUGAGGCACAUAAGCACCACUGCCUCCGGCCUGCAUUCCUUAUAUAGUAUACACACAGUCCAAUGUGGCUGAUGGAGCCAUAUAGACUCAGCUCUCCCUCUAUCUCUGUUGCUUCAUAGGAAGUGCACUGGCAUCUGUGGGUCCUCACAGACACCACUCGGCUCCCUCUGUGACAUCACAAUGAAUCCGCAGAAUGUGCUUCACUGUGACCUCAUAGCAGGGGUGAGGAUCUUAAUAUUCAAAAUAUACAAAAUCAAAAUCAUCAUAUACAAAAUCAAUGGACAGGUGAAAGCAAUAUUGAAGCCUACUGAUAGGCCUUGCCACCAUAUUGCGUAUAGCUAUCCCAUUUCUUAAAGAUUGGUGGAGAGCAGUUUGAGUACAUAGAAAGGAUACAUAGGAAAGCCACUUAACAAUGUUGAUCCAACCAGGAGUAGGGUGACGUUGCCCCUAGAUGCUGAUCUUGGUUCAAUGGAGCAUUUUCCCCAAUAAUGGUUAAGAUUAGGAAGGGGGGGGGGGGGG